AUGUCUGAUGAUGAAAUUUAUCCAGAUCAAUACAGCGAAUUAAGAAAUAUCUGCAAAGACUACAUUGAUCUAUAUAAUUCGUUGUAUCAACUCAAAACUAAAAAUGAAGACGAAUUAAACUCGAUUUUCGAAAAGAUCAAAGUAGUUCUGAUUGAUUCAAAGCAACGUCAUCCAGAAAAUAUUAUAGAAGAUAUUUUCAAUAUCAUUCCGUAUAACAACCGCUAUACAAAGUCAUACUUGAAACUUGCAAAACUUAUUUCUGAUGAAUAUAAUGUAGAAAGAGUCAAUAAUCUUCCUGACAUACUUACUUUCCUAUUUCAUAAUGAAUAUGAUGUUCAAUUGUGCGAUUAUAAAGAUUUUGAAAAAAAUAAUGAAGACACUGAAUUUAUUUCGAAUAUAUUAAUCUCGGAAAAUCCUGAUAUUCAUACAACAAAUUCAAUUUAUAAAUUAAUUAUGGAUAACGACCUAAAAAAUUUCAUCUUAUUCACAGAAAGAAAAGAAUUUAAUAAAAAUCAAAAACUUGAAUGCAAAUUAUAUCCGGAUUAUUUUAGAGAUUAUACAUUACUUGAAUUAUGUUGUUACUACGGAUCAGUUGAUUGCUUCAAGUUCUUAAGAACGGAAUUCCACUCAGAAAUAACUCAAAAAUGUCUAUACUUUUCAUUUUUAGGAGGAAAUCCGGAGAUCAUGAGUGAAUGUUUGAAAUAUCAAAAAUCAAAUCAAUAUGAAUAUUGCAUGACAUAUGCAAUUAUUUCACACAACAUUGAUUUUGUUACAUUCUUGAUGAAUGAAUUCAGUCUGAAGAUUGAUUUAGUUAACUGUAUUAGAUUUAAUAACCUUGAAGCAUUUUUAGUUUAUUUCGACCAAACUAAUGAUUUUAACAGAUGUCUAGAUGCUUCAAUGAAGUUUAAAAUCACUUCACUUUGCAUAUUUUUUUCACAUUGUGCUAAUGUAGAUCCUGUUCUUCAUAUUGCCACAAGAAAUCAUGAUAAAGAACUAGUCGAACUUCUUCUUUCACAUGGUGUAAAUUUAAAUGAAAAAGAUAAAGACGGAGAUACUGCUCUUAAUAUUGCUGCAUGUAAUGGUUAUAAAGAUAUAGCUGAACUUCUUCUUUCACAUGGUGCUAAUAUACAUGAAAAAGAUAAAUACGGAAAUAUGGCUCUUCAUAUUGCCACAUAUCAUAAAGAUAAAGAAAUAGUUGAACUUCUUCUUUCACAUGGUGCUAAUAUAAAUGAAAAAGAUAUAUGUGGAGAAACUGCUCUUCAUAUUGCCCUAGAUCGUUAUGAUAAAGAAAUUAUCGAACUUCUUCUUUCAUAUGGUGCAAAUAUAAAUGAAAAAAAUAGAUAUGGAAAAACUCCUCUUCAAAUUGCCACAAAUCAUAAUAAUAAAGAAAUAGUUGAACUUUUUCUUUCAUAUGGUGAAAAUAUCAAUAAAAAAGAUGAUGAUAGGGAAGAAUACAAUUCAGGCUGCAGAAUUUUUUAA